CAAUCAUUCAACAUCAACCCACUCUAUACAUAUAACACCUCCAUUCACUUGCACUAGUCUUGUGCUAAACCUUAACAACAAUGGCCACAGACACUUCUCCGAACUUUCAGGCGGUCAUUCCCACUACUGAGUUCCACACAGAACUUUCACUACCAACACCAGAUCACGAUGGCUUGGAGUUCUGGCAGUACAUGGUUGCAGGUUCAAUAGCAGGAUCAGUGGAGCACAUGGCUAUGUUCCCAGUUGACACUCUCAAGACCCGCAUGCAAGCUCUUACAACAACCACCACCACCACUUCAUGCCUCCUCCAAUCCCUCUCUUCCAUCCUCAAACUCGAAGGUCCUUCCUCCCUCUACCGCGGCAUCUCCGCCAUGGCCCUCGGUGCAGGCCCCGCCCACGCCGUUUACUUCUCCGUCUACGAGUUCUGCAAACAAGCCUUCUCCUCCUCUUUCACCACCAACAAUUACUCCUCACUGGUGCAUGCCGCUUCUGGUGUCUGCGCUACAGUCACCAGCGACGCCGUUUUCACUCCCAUGGACGUCGUGAAGCAGAGGCUUCAGCCGAAGAGCAGUCCGUACAAGGGUGUGGUGGAUUGCGUGAGGAGAGUGGCCCUCGAAGAAGGGGUUGGCGCGUUUUUUAAGUCGUAUCGGACUACGGUUGUGAUGAACGCUCCGUUUACCGCGGUGCAUUUUGCGGCGUAUGAGGCGACAAAGAAGGGGUUGGUGGAGGUGUCGCCGGAGAGUGCGGAUGACAGGAGGUGGGUGGUUCAUGCUACCGCUGGUGGUGCUGCCGGAGCCCUGGCUGCUGUUGUCACAACCCCGCUUGAUGUUGUCAAAACUCAACUUCAGUGCCAGGGUGUUUGUGGAUGUGACAGAUUCUCUAGUAAUUCAAUUGGGCAUGUAAUUCAAACAGUGAUAAGAAAAGAUGGAUAUAGAGGUCUCAUGAGAGGUUAUGUCCCUAGGAUGCUGUUUCAUGCCCCUGCAGCUGCAAUUUGUUGGUCCACUUACGAGGCAUCCAAAUCUUUCUUUCACAAACUUAAUUAAUAACGGUACCUCAUCAGGUGUACAAAGCAUGGCUUAAAAUUACAAUGUAAUUGUGGUGUAAUAUCGGAGCGAAACUGCAACAAAUCAUCCUAUUAUACAAAUUCAAAACAAUAAAAUGCAAUCCUAGAUAUGUGUAUACGAACAACCAGCUAAUAAGGGGAACAACUAAUAUAUAAAUGUCACAGCUACAAUGAGUGACUAAAGAGAUAUACAACUUCGAGCUUGUAUAUUCUGUUGAAUAAUGAUGAUAUUACAGAGAUUAUUCUUAUGUAUGUGAUGCAGAGCUUUCUACUUUCUACUGUAGUUGAAUACAUAUAUCAUCAUGAAGGAAGAGGUUAGAUGGGAGUGGAUGAUCUGAGCAAAGAUAUUAUUUGGAGUAAAUGGUAAAAAUUUGUCUUUUAAAAAGGUUACUCAUUUUUUAAAUUAUUUUUUUUAAAUUUUUUUAAUUAAAUUCAUCCUUCAAAAUUUUAAAUUAAUCAUAUUAGUCAUUCUGUCAUUUUUUUUUUUUUGUCGGUGCCAAAAUUUAUUAAUCGGUAAUUUUAGGGAGACAAAAAACAGUCAAAACUUGUCUUAUUUAGCAUUCAUUACUUGUUGCAAUAAUUAAUGAAUGCUAAAUAAAAUAAAUUAUGAAUAUUUUUGCCUAAUUUUCUUAGGUUACCAAACAUUUUCGUUUAUUAAUAUAGCAUAUUAAGUGAUACUAAAAUACAAAUAGGAGUCUUAAUUAAUUAUUAGCAUAAUAAAUUUAUGAAAUUAGAUCAAAUCAAAAUCUAAUUAAUAAGAUCAGAACUUGAGGCAUUGAAAUCCCUCAAUUUGGAGUUGAUUUGAUCUAAUUUCAUAAACUUAUCAUAUUAACCGCCUAUUAGAACUACUAGGUAUGUAUUAUGGUGUCACUUAACCUGUCACAUCAAUAAAUUUUGAUGUUAUUAGCAACGAAAGUGAAGGAAGGA